GGCAGGGAGGAGCUGUGAGAGACAAACGCAGGGAGAGGAAAGGAAGCAGACAGAGAGGCUGCAAGAGCAAGUGGACAGAGAGAGAAGGAAAGAGACGGACAGGUUUCAAGGUUGGAGAGUUUGGCCUUUUUGCCCAGUAGAGCCACACAGGAGCCCAGUUUUUAGUGAAGAAGCCUAGCUUUCAGUGAUCAGAGGUCUCUUCAUUCUGAGUUUCUGUACUGUACUGUGUACUGAGGAUGGCGGCACGGAUGUUGAUGGUGUGUGUGCUGGUUCCUCUGCUCUAUCAGGUGUGGAGCUCUGCAGAACCUCAUCACAAUGAAGAGGAGCUGCAGCCUCAGACCCUUUACCCUUGGAGAAAUCAAGGCAAGGGAGUGGUCAGGGUAAAAAGGGACUGGAUCAUCCCUCCAAUCAGAGUGCUGGAGAAUAGCAAGCAGGUUCCUGAAAACCUUGUCCAGAUCAAAUCGGACAAAAUCUUUACAGGUGAGGUGAUCUACAAGUUAGAAGGACCAGGGGUGGACCAGGAGCCCAAGAAUCUGUUUGAGAUUGAUGAUAAAACAGGAAUAAUCCGGAGCAAGCGGCCACUGGACAGAGAGAAAUACAACAGCUUCACGCUGAAAGCCUUUGCACUGUCCCCCAGUGGAGAGAGACUAGAGAAUCCAACCACCAUAGAGAUAGUGGUGCUGGAUCAGAAUGACAACAGACCUGCCUUCACCCAGAGCGAGUUUGUUGGCACUGUGUCUGAGUUCUCAGUCCCAGGCACGUCAGUGAUGUCAGUGUCAGCCAUUGAUAAAGAUGACCCUAUGACAGAAAACGCUUUUCUGAGCUAUUCUAUCAUUGGCCAGGAGAGCAUUCCUGCCAACGCUGUUACCAAGACUAUGUUUGGUAUCAACAACCAGACAGGAGCCAUCUACACAAGAGAUGUAGGCCUGGACCGAGAGGUGGUGAAAAGUUUCCGAUUAAAACUGCAGAUUGCUGAUAUGGGGGGCAUGGGACUAACAAGUGAAGGUGUGGCAAUCAUACAUGUAUCUGAUAUCAACAACCACGCCCCACAGUUCAGCCCUACCUCUUACCGUAUGAUUGCAGUGGAGAACAGGGAGGACUAUGAGAUUGGCCGGGUGAAUGUGACGGACAGAGAUGAUCGUGGAACAGGAAACUGGGAGGCUAAAUACCUCAUUGCAAAUGACCUUAACGGCAACUUUGCCAUCAAUACAGACCCUGCCACCAACCAGGGUGUUCUGACAGUGGUGAAGCCUUUGGAUUUUGAAGCAAAGAAUGAGUACAUCCUGAUUCUGAUGGUGGAAAAUGUCAACCCUCUGAGCAACAAGGCUCCCAACCUCCCAGUGACCACCGCUAGAGUGGUGGUGACUGUUGUGAAUGAGAACGAAGCCCCACAGUUCAGGGAGGACCCCAUACAGAUUGUGGUCCCUGAGUCUGUGGUUCCUGGGACUUUACUGAAAAACAAUAUUGCCUUUGACCCUGAUAAUUCUGUCUUGAGGUAUGAGAUUAGUAGAGAUCCUGAGAGGUGGCUGGACAUCAACAGAGAUACAGGAGACCUUACUGUCAAGAGAAACUUUAACAUGCGAUCUCCACAUGUUAGAAACAAUAUCUACAAUGCUGUUGUCAAGGUUACAGAUGCUGAUGGUGUGUCAACCACCGCCACAGUGUCCAUCACACUGAAGGAGACCAAUGACUUCCCCCCUCAGCUCUUCCCUCUGAGUGGCUCUGUAUGUAAAGAUGCAGGCUGGACGGGUUCUGGUCUGGUUCUGACUGCUGUGGAUGAAGACUUUCCUCCACAUGCUGCACCCUUCACCUUUAAAAUGCCUGAUGAUCUGUCCAUAAACUGGACUGUUAUUCAAGUCAACGAUACUCAUGCCGUGCUUCAUCCCCUCUUGGAGCUGGAGGCAGGAGAGUAUGUGGUCACAGUGUUUGUGUCAGACUCUGGCAGUCCAGUUCUGGGUGCUUAUGCUCAGGUUAAUGUCACUGUGUGUCCCUGUGACUCUUUUGGAGAUUGUAAGUCUGAGGCAGGGGCUAUCCUAGGCUCCAGUGUGGGAAUCAGCUUCAUUGCUCUCAUUAUCAUCAUGGCCAGUAUUGCCCUCCUACUGUUGCUGCUUCUCUUGGCCGUGGCGGUGACUGCGUGUGGGAGACGCCACCAUAUCAAGAAAGGAACAGGCCUGCUUGUCGGGGAAUCUGAAGACGACAUCCGUGACAAUGUCUUCAACUAUGAUGAGCAAGGAGGUGGUGAGGAGGAUGAGAAUGCCUUUAACAUCGACCUGCUAUGGAAUCCACAUGAUGCCCCUUCGACCCCGGGGUCCUACUACCCAGGCUCUGGUGUUCCUCGAGGCAAGCAGCCCCUCAGGAAGGAUGCCCCGCAUAACCUGCCCUCACCUAUCUACCCAAGGAGGCCUCCCGCGGAUCCCACUGACAUCGAGGACUACAUCAAUGAUGGCCUGGAGGCUGCAGACAACGAUCCUAACGUGCCUCCAUACGACACAGCCCUGAUCUACGACUAUGAGGGAGAGGGUUCGCUGGCAGGCAGCCUCAGCUCCAUUGCUUCUGGAAGUUCUGAUGGAGACCAAGACUACGACUACCUCAACGACUGGGGACCACGCUUUCAGAAACUGGCCAACAUGUACGACCCACGUUAAGGUGGAAAGCACCUGACAGAGAGAAGACCUGUGUGAUCCACUGCCAGUUAGGGAGACAGAUCAUGGAAAAGAUUUGAAGCGUGCCAAGGAAAAAAAACUAAACCAUGGGCCUUUAAUCUAAUGUGCCUUGGGAUUUAUUGAGGAUCAUUUGGACACAGCUGACAAAAUGGCUCGUUGCAAAGUUUUGUGGUUAGCUCAGGAAAAGUGAAUGAGACAGUACAAUCAUGUGUUGACAUGAUCAGCCACGGGGGAAAGGCGCUGUGCAUGCUACAAGGCAAACAGAAUGUGUGUUGAAAUGAUUGUCCAUGUUGGGUUUUGUUUAUCCUCAGACUCAGAUUGCUCACUAAUGAUGCAUACAACGAGCCUGAAAUAUAAGAAAUCUUUUAAAUGAAUUUCUUUUUUUAUAUAAGUGAUUAUUUUAUAAUAUACAUUUGCUUUGAUAUUGAUUUUGUUCGUUUUUGGGGAUUUUUUGCAUCACAAAUCCUCCAUUCCAGCCUCUGUUAAUCUUUUUGGAAGCCAUCUGAGCACAAAAUAUUACUAAACAAAACAUACCGUACCACAUAAUAUUCUGUAAUCUAAUUGUUUGGAGGUGAAGACUUUGAAUUGUUUGUUUUUUUUAGAUAUGUUCAUUGAAUUUAAAUGUUACUGGUGUCUACAGAAUAAAUGCAAAUCUUUUAUUUA